CCCUGCUCUACAGAAUUAAAUUUAACGAUUCCUCAUUUUGCUGAGGACCCUCUGGAAGCUCGUCCAGGACCCCUGGGGGUGCUGGGACCACAGUUUGAAAACCGCUGAUAGCGCACAAAACUAAUGAACCACUGCGGUGCACCGAGCUGCGCUAGCGGCAGAGCUAACCGUGAGCCUCUCUUCAGGUUUCCACGGGAUCCCGACAGAUGCAAGAAGUGGGUAGAGAAAUGCCACCGCGAGGAUCUCAAGAACAAAUCACCCGAGCAGCUGUACAGAUACCACAGACUUUGUGGGAAGCACUUUGAAGCAUCUUUGAUUGAUGGUGAUCUACAGAAUAGAGUGUUGAAGGAUGAUGCCAUACCAACAAUAUUUGAUGUGCCAAGCCAACCUCAAAAUGGACAGUUGAAGCGUGGCAAAGAUACGGCUAAAGAUGAUGAAAAGGAAAGCAAAGUGAAGAAAAAGGUCAGAAAGACCCAAGCAGAGACAAAGAAAGAUGAUGUUCAGACAGUUCCAGAGGAUGAUGAAUACAAAGAGUACCUUAAAACUUUAUUUGAAGUUCUUGUACUAUUAGGGGGGCAAAACAUCCCUUUGAAAGGAUCUGUUGAUGAUAAACAGGACAGCCUCACAUCAAGCAACUUUCAGGCAUUGCUAGAAUAUCGCAUGAAUGCUGGAGACGAAGGCCUAAAGAAGAAGUAUGAAUCAGAUCCUGAGAAAAAGGAGUUUUGCUCCUCCGCUCAGCUCAAUCAGUUGAUUGAAGUGUGUGAAGAAUUCAUUCGCAAGGAGCUCUUGGAGGAAGUCAGUAAAAACACUUAUUUUUCAUUAGUGACUGAUGAUUUGGUGAAGAUCUCUGAAGAGUGGCUCCUCCCCGUCUUUUUGCGUUACGUGGACCAAACUAACUGCCAGCGGGAAAGGUUUUUUGGAUUCUUGUCUUUUGAAGGAGAUGGAGAGGCCUUGGCAGAGAGACUGCUGUCUCAGCUGACAGACGGGUGGGGUUUGAAUAUGGAGCACUGCAGAGGUCAGGCCCACUCCUGCUCUGACACACAUUUCAGCAAAAUAAAAGCAUUUGCCACUAAACUGACAGAAAAAUACCCAAUGGCCGUGCUCACGCCAAGGUCUACAUGUGCGUUAAAUAUAUCACUGGCCAGUAGUAUGGUAUUGUCAGGGGUUCAGCUUGUCAUGCACACCUUCAAGAAGAUUGAGUCAUUCUUCAGUCACUCCCCUUCAUUGCAAUUAGAAUUAGAGCACGCCAUUUCCAUUUUCUACCCAGACAAGGAGGACAAAGCCAAUGAACUGAAAGAGAUCUGUCGCACCAGCUGGACCACAAAGCAUGAUGCCUUUGAGGUGGCGGUCGAUAUCUUAGAGUCACUGCUACUCUGUGUGGACAGUGUGCAUGACAACGAAGAUAUGAGGUGGAGCGAUCACGUCACACAUGAAGCCCUUGAGCUCUCAAAAGCAUUGGCAGAUUUUGAGUUCGUCAUGGCCCUAGUUGUGCUUAAAAACACUCUGUCACUUACUCGGGCCUUCGGGAAGAAUGUGCAAGGGUCUGCAGCUGAUGCUCACUUGGCUGCAAACAGUUUAAAAGCUGUGUUGCACUGCCUGACUGAAGUGUCUGACAACAUCGACGUGUAUCAUGAGUUCUGGCACGAUGAGGCUGUCAACCUAGCUGCUGCACUGGAGAUCCCAUGCAAGGUUCCUAGGUCGUUCUUGAGAAAGCAGGCAGAAUCUGGAGCCACAGUUCGGCCAGAGAGCUACUACAAGGAGCACCUGUCUGUCCCCUUGGUGAACCACAUCAUGAAAGAAAUGAAUGACCUCUUCUGUGAGAAUCACCUGAAGGCCCUGCGAUGCCUGUCGCUGGUCCCUGCUGUCAUAGAGCAGAAUAAAUCUGCCGAACCCGAGGAGGAAAACGUGCAGAUGUACAAAAAUGACAUCCCAAAUGCAGGGACUCUCCCUGCCGAGCUGCACUGUUGGUGGGUCAAAUGGAGCCACAAGGGCAAGGGUGAAGCGGUGCCCUCCACCCUGCAUGAAACUCUGCAGCUGGCCGACGUGAAGUUCUUCCCAAACAUGCUGGCAGUCCUGAGGGUGAUGGGCACGCUCCCUACCUUUACUCUUGAGAGCAGCUGUGAUGUGGCCUACAGGCGCUACAAGAUGUACAUGGAGAACACACCCGACAAGUUCAGAUCCAAAAGUCUUGCACUUCUGAAUAUUAACUAUGAUGCCAAGCAUGACCUUGACUCCAUGGUUGAGGCUUACAUGAAGACGUACCCGAACAGGGAGAGCGUCUAGGAUGCAAGUCUCUGUUUAUUGAUUGCUUCCAGAUUACACAUUUUCCACAGUUUGGCGAUAGACAUAAAGAAAUGCAUUCCUGUGCAUAUUUAAUCCUCAUGUUGAGAUAACCUCACACAUUUUUAUUUCUAGUCAUCAUUUUAGCUUUUGGUUUUUAUUUUUUUUUUAUGACAGUGUAAUAUGAAUGAAUUGUAAACUAGUCUAGAAAUGUCCAAUUUCUAUUAAAGUUGUGUUUGACAUCAA